AUGACGAGCGGCGUGUCACCGCAACUGCAAAUGAGGUUGAAAUCCUCUUUCAUCGGAGAUCGUUUCUUACGGUGUUCAAGGCACCAAUCUCUUACUCAGCUAUUCCGAUUCGACCCUGGAAGCAAGCAUGUUUCGAUGCAGUUAUCUCGCACGCUUUCUGGCUUGACUAAUCUCUUUUUUAAUAGAAGAAAUGUGGAUGAAGUGCCUAAUAGCAAGCGUAAACGACUGAGGCCUGGAAAAGUUUCUCCACGGCGACAAGUGCCGAAGCAUAUACUGGCGCCUCCUUAUGUGAAUUCUGUGCUUCCUACGGGGCUUAUGAAUGGGUCUGAAGUGCAUGACAAGAAAGGAAUUGAAUGCAUGAGAGCUUCCGGAAGGCUUGCAGCUCAGGUUCUUCAAUAUGCUGGCACCUUAGUCAAGCCAGGCAUAACAACAGAUGAAAUUGACCAAGCAGUUCACCAAAUGAUAGUUGACAAUGGUGCAUACCCAUCUCCACUUGGCUACGGUAGUUUUCCUAAGAGUGUCUGCACAUCUGUAAAUGAAUGCAUUUGCCAUGGAAUACCAGAUUCCCGUGCCCUUGAGGACGGUGAUAUAAUCAACAUUGAUGUUACUGUUUAUCUAAAUGGCUAUCAUGGGGACACAUCAGCAACAUUCUAUUGUGGAGAUGUUGACGAUGAGGCUAAAAAACUAGUUCAGGUAACUAAAGAAUGCUUAGAUAAAGCAAUAUCAAUAUGUGCACCGGGGGUGGAAUUCAAGAAAAUCGGCAAAACAAUUCAUGAUCAUGCAGAUAAAUAUGGUUAUGGUGUUGUCCGACAGUUUGUUGGCCAUGGAGUUGGACGUGUUUUUCAUGCUGAUCCAGUUAUUCUUCAUUAUAGAAACAACGAAAGUGGACGAAUGGUGCUGAAUCAAACCUUUACAAUUGAACCAAUGCUUACUGUUGGCAGCAUCAAUCCUGUGAUGUGGAAUGACGACUGGACAGUUGUAACGGAAGAUGGAAGCCUUUCAGCACAGUUUGAACACACCAUUCUCAUAACCCCUGACGGGGCUGAGAUUAUGACUCAAUGCUGA